GCUGAGCGUCGCCUGCAAAACCAUUUCCCUUACCCUUUCCAUCACCGAAUUCCCACCACAGUCUCACCGAUUGAGUGCGCAAGACCUGUCAAGAUGGCCGCACCGCUCGUGACCGUGUCCGAAAGCAAGGACCUUCGAGGCCUCAACCUCAUCGCUGCCCACUCCCAUAUCCGUGGACUCGGCGUAGAUGCCACUACUCUUGAGCCUCGCGCUGCGUCGCAAGGUCUUAUUGGACAGGAGAAGGCGCGCAAGGCUGCCGCUGUCAUCCUGCAGAUGAUCAAGGAUGGCAAGAUUGCUGGCCGCGCUGUUCUGAUUGCCGGCCCCCCUAGCACCGGAAAGACAGCUAUUGCCAUGGGCAUGGCACAGUCCCUCGGCCCCGACGUUCCCUUUACUUCGCUCGCAUCCUCCGAGAUCUUCUCGCUCGAAAUGUCCAAGACAGAAGCCCUCACACAGGCGUUCCGAAAGUCGAUCGGAGUCAGAAUAAAGGAGGAGAGUGAAAUUAUGGAGGGUGAAGUCGUCGAGAUCCAGAUUGACCGCAGCGUCACCGGCAGCGCCAAGCAAGGCAAGCUGACCAUCAAGACGACUGACAUGGAAGCUGUAUAUGACAUGGGCACCAAGAUGAUCGAUGCCAUGACUAAGGAGCGCGUCAUGGCUGGCGACAUUGUUAGCAUUGACAAGUCGUCAGGCAAGAUCACCAAGCUUGGCCGCUCGUACGCUCGCUCGCGCGACUACGAUGCGAUGGGCGUCGACACUAAGUUCCUGCAGUGCCCCGAAGGCGAGCUGCAGAAGCGCAAGGAGGUCGUGCACACUGUCACUCUCCACGAGAUUGAUGUCAUCAACUCGCGCACACAGGGCUUCCUCGCCCUCUUCUCCGGCGACACGGGUGAGAUCCGCAGCGAGAUCCGCGACCAAAUCAACACCAAGGUCGGCGAGUGGAAGGAAGAAGGCAAGGCCGAGAUUGUCCCCGGUGUCUUGUUCAUAGACGAGGUGCACAUGCUGGAUAUUGAGUGCUUCUCUUACAUCAACCGCGCUCUCGAAGACGACCUGGCCCCCGUCGUCAUCAUGGCCUCCAACCGCGGUAACUCGCGCAUCCGCGGCACCGACUACCGCUCUCCUCACGGACUGCCCCUCGACUUCCUCGACCGAGUCGUCAUUAUCAACACCCACCCCUAUGCUGACGAGGAGAUUCGCCAGAUCCUCGCCAUCCGCGCUCAGGAGGAGGAGAUUGAAGUGUCUGCUGACGCCCUGGCUCUGCUCACAAAGAUUGGCAAGGAGGCUGGUCUCCGCUACGCCAGCAACUUGAUCAGCACCUCGCAGCUGGUGUCUGCCAAGCGCCGCCCCGGAAGCAAACAGGUUGCUGUGGAGGACGUCCAGCGCAGCUUCCAGUUGUUCUACGAUCCCGCUCGCAGCAUCGAGUUUGUUACCAAGUCGGAGAAGAGACUCAUUGGCGACGAUGGUGUCGUCGACUUGGCUGUUACCAACGGCGCUCCUGCUGUUGCUGCUGCUGCUCCCGCAGCCGCCGAAGGCAUGGACCUUAGCUAAAUCCCGAACUGGAUGGAGUGAUAACGGUACAAAAGAGGAUGGGGUUAUUGUCGAUUUUUUGAACUAGGCUGGCGUUUUACUAGGAAGAUGUUUAUGGUAGAGAAUAAACAAAAGAUACAUAUCCUUUG